GUGUUGUUAUUCCCGUUGGAAGGUUUCGUGAUCCAGUUCGAUAGUGGAGGAUUCUUACUAGAUUCCGGGUGGCUUUUCCGUGCAGGCUGGGCGUAGUGCGGAAGAUUUAUUCUGAUCCUGUGCGAAAAAGAUAACAAAAGUAAACGCCAAGUGGUUGUUUGUAUUCGAGUGAAACCGCAAGUUUCAGCUUUUAUUUUUCUUGUUUCUUUUUUGGUGUUGUAUAUUUACGUUCGGCAGAGGUUACUAGUGGUAUGUUGAUGAUACUGAUGAUGUUUCUGGCGUAGAAGAACGUGCGGGUUUGGGAAAAAUGUGAGUGCCACUCCCUUCGCGGUUGAGCAGGAUUAGAUGGGAAAUGAGUGAACGAGUGCUGCUCGGUCGUCGUCUGGUGGCUCGUUGAUGGAUUCUGACUGGACUACGCGCGGUGAGAGGCUACAAGAGGAAUCUUUGCUAGAGGAGAUUUGGUAGCAGAUAGCCAGCUUCUUCCUGCGAAUCAGUGCGGUUUCCUUCGGUGCGUUUGGGAUGCGUGUGCUUUUACUUUGGCGUGUGAAAGUGUAAAAUUUCGUUCUGAUUAUUUUGCGGCUACCUUGUGCUGACUGACUGGAAAAGGUCACACAGUAAUUUUUGCUUCCCGCUUUGUCCACCGCUCUCCGGAAAAGUUUGCCUGGGCGUUUCAGCCAUGGUUGGAUAUUGAAAAGUUGUUUUGCAUAACUGAUUAUUGUGUUUGAAUAGUGCUUGCGAACCUUCGAUAGUGUAAUGCAAAGAAAGCUCUUAUCACGGUAGCCUUGGAUUGUAGCUCGGCUGGUGAUUUUUCCAGGGUCGAAAUUGAAAAGUUGUGAAGGAAAAAAACGCCCCACCCUCCAGUCUACCCAGGACGGUGCAUGGAUGCUGAACAAGAGAUUCUACAGUGAAGUGUGAUUUGAUUCGAAAGUAAACUCCUGCUGGUAGCUGCUAGUACAAUUUUUUCACUGUUUCCGCUACUGGGUUAGCUGUAAUUAAUUUGUUGGACAUUGACAGUAGUUAGUACAAAAUUUGACAGAAGCAAGAUUGUACUCCACCGUAGAGUGUUCUUUCGUGCACGUGUGUUUGUGAGGGGAAAGAAAAGCGUCACCGUGGUGGUAAGACGGUCGGAAAAACCACCCCCUCGCAGCAGCAGGACACUCAAGGAAGCUCCCCUGCGCCGUGAGUGCCGCCGAGGUGAGGGUUCUCAUUCGCAAGUAAACAAUUCGAGAGCGCAUACACGCGCACGUGCUGCGAAACAACACAGUACAAGCUGUAAAGGUGAAUUAUUCCGGCGUUUCGUCCGUUGUUUGCUGGUGUUAGUCCUGUGAGUACCGCUACCAGCUUAACUGCACUCAUUCGGUGGACGUCAAACGUCGGCAUCCCGACCACAGCAGGAUCAGGAAGCUGUGGCAUCCGUAGACUAGGCCGAGUUGUUUCAUCGGGUCCUAAAUUUCUCGGUCAGUGUUACAGGAGAAUCCAUAUCGAGCAGACACACCGGCUCCAGCGCCUGUUUUCCAGGUGUGUCGGUGUGGUAAACCCACUCUGCUGCAGCACCUGCUGGACAAAGAGGAUACCUCCCAUCCUAGCCUCCAGCGCAGUUCGGGCGAAGAUCACCUGCGGGAUAGCCAAACCGGAACCGGUAGCGCCAUCUGUGUAAGUACGCGGUAGGAUAGGACUGGCGGCGGCCGCGUGCGUGACUUGAAUUAUCUCGCGUGUGUUGAAAUUGUUUUUUGUUUUUUCACUAUUUGUUCCCGUUUUUUUUCGCUCCGCGCUGGCCGGUGGUGAUUUAUUUACGCUGGAAAAAUUUGUUUACUUUCGCUUUGCCGAACUGAAACGUGUGUGAAGCUGGGAAUCAGCAAAAAUCGGUAAUAAAAUAUGCUUUACUGGCACUGAACGUGUUUCUGAUUUCUGAUGGAUUUUGCUUGGAUUGCGCGAAUGCCGCCGAAUUCGUGAAUUAAACCAAAGGUGACGCAACGUGAAGAUUGAUUUGCUUAGUGUGAGAAGAACCGGAAAACGUUACGAAAAUCGGCCGGGUGGUCACCGUUUAGUGUGAAUCAGCGUGGGAUUGAUGACUAUUUAUAGGCGUGCAUACGAAUAACAAUGAACAUUAUCUAAAUUCGAGUGAACGCGCAGUGCACCGUAGAAGUGAUAAGGAAUUUGGAGCAGAUACAAUAGUGCUGGAGGAAGGGUGUUGAGUGGGAAAGAGGAAGAUAAAAAGAGUGACGAGAACCUAAUUAAAAAUACAAGUAAAACCGCAAAAAAGAAGGAGAAAACGCAGUGACAUAACCCAUAUAGAAAAAAAAAACUAAACACAUUGAAUUGAUAAGGCUUGUGAGCCAAAGAUACUUUUACCAUGGCUGACGACGAAAUUCUAUUCGAUGACGUCUACGAGCUGUGCGAGGUGAUUGGAAGGGGUCCCUUUUCGAUCGUUCGUCGGUGCAUCCACCGGGAGUCCAACCAGCAGUUUGCAGUGAAGAUUGUGGACGUUGCAAAAUUCACCGCCAGUCCAGGUCUCAGCACAUCUGAUCUGAAACGAGAAGCAACAAUAUGUCACAUGCUGAAACAUCCGCAUAUUGUCGAGCUGCUGGAAACGUACAGCUCCGAAGGCAUGCUCUAUAUGGUUUUCGAAUUCAUGGAAGGAUCAGACAUCUGUUUUGAAGUGGUCAGACGUGCUGUGGCCGGAUUCGUGUACAGCGAAGCAGUGGCGUGCCAUUACAUGCGCCAGAUCCUGGAAGCGCUUCGCUACUGCCACGAGAACGAUAUCAUCCAUCGGGACGUCCGGCCGGCGUGUGCUCUGCUUGCGACCGCAGACAACUCGGCCCCGGUUAAACUGGGUGGUUUCGGAUCGGCUGUUCAGCUUCCGAACGGACGUGAAUCGGUGGAGACGCACGAACCGCAUCGCUCCUACUUGAGUCCCCGAGGAAAGCUCUAUCUAAAGUCCGACGGCGAGGGUCGAGUCGGCUGUCCUCACUACAUCGCGCCGGAGGUGGUGACGAGACGAAUCUACGGAAAAGCUUGCGAUGUUUGGGGUGCCGGUGUGAUGCUGCAUGUCCUGCUGUCGGGACGGUUGCCCUUCCAAGGUUCCGGCAAGCGAUUGCAGGAGGCGAUCGCUCGUGGCCGCAUUAUGCUUGACACACCGGAAUGGAAACACGUUUCUUCCACCGCUAAGGACCUGGUGCUAAAGAUGCUCGCAGCGAAUCCCAUCAAUAGGCCCACUAUCUCGGAGAUUCUGGACCAUCCCUGGAUGAGGGACCGUGAUAAACUUCAACGGACCCAUCUGGGAGACACGGUGGAAGAGCUGAAGCGUUACAAUGCCCGCCGCAAGCUGAAGGGUGCGGUGCAAGCGGUCGCCGGUGGGGUUGCCCUGGAUCCACUUUGCUGCGCCGAUACCGAUUCAAUGGCGAUCGGGACCGCAUCCGAGAGCCUGAACGAGUGGGCCGACGAAGAAGCUGGCCUGGAGGCGAUUCAGAAAAUUCUCGACUCGCUGGACGAUAUCAUCGCCCUGCAGGAUGCGCACUGCGAUCCGGAAGUGCUGGCCAGUAUGCUGCGUGAUGUCAAACUGCACGAGCUAUUGCAGUUAUACGAUAGAGUUAGUAGUUCUGUUAUUAACCCGUCCCGGGCCCCACCCGGGGAUGCCAUCAGUCGCUGCCGGGACGUCAUCGAUGCCGUCAGUUCCGCCCCGAGCCAUAAGUACGGCCGGGAGAAAGCCGAGCUUAUCAACCUGCUCGGAUCGUCACACAUACAGGCUCUAUUACACACGCAUGACGUGGUAGCUAGAGAAGUAUACGGCGAGGAAGCACUACGGGUAACACCACCACCGAUCGCACCAUACCUGAAUGGAGGCAACGACGAGAUCGACAACGGUGACGCCGCCGACCUGCAGCACGUCACACGCGUCCGGCUGGUGCAGUUCCAGAAGAACACCGACGAACCGAUGGGCAUAACGCUGAAAAUGACCGAAGAUGGCCGCUGCAUCGUCGCCCGGAUCAUGCACGGUGGCAUGAUCCACCGCCAGGCGACGCUGCACGUGGGCGACGAAAUCCGCGAGAUAAACGGCCAACCGGUGCAGCACCAGACCGUCAGUCAAUUACAGCGGAUGCUGCGGGAGGCGCGUGGUUCCGUAACGUUUAAGAUAGUUCCUUCAUAUAGAAGUGCCCCACCACCGGUAGAGCUAUUCAGGAUAAGACCGGCGCCUGUUUUAGUUGAUCAGAUUUUCGUUCGUGCCCAAUUCGACUACGACCCGCUCGAUGAUGAGCUGAUUCCGUGCGCCCAGGCUGGGAUAGCUUUCCGCGUUGGUGACAUACUGCAGAUUAUAAGCAAAGACGACCAUCACUGGUGGCAGGCUCGUCACGAUGCCGCCGGUGGUUCGGCCGGAUUAAUACCCUCGCCAGAGCUACAGGAAUGGCGCAUCGCCUGCCAGUCGGCGGACAAAACUCACAAGGAACAAGACGCACUAGCCACUGUUCCCGAUUCGUUGUUAAUGCCAUUUCUUGCGAAAAUACACACUAACCUAAAACAACGCCGUUCCGAACUCGACUCACUUUCAUGUCCGCGCAAAUGUCCACACAUAGGCGAGGUAGGGCCCGGUUGCUCGGCGCACGCAGAAGGAUGUGACGGAUCUACAGCAGUUAAUUGCUCAAUAUUUAGCCGCAAAAAGAAGCAGUGCCGGGACAAGUACCUAGCCAAGCACAAUGCCGUCUUCGAUCAGCUGGAUCUGGUGACCUACGAGGAGGUCGUUAAGGUUCCAGUAGGUGAUCCGGCCUUCCAGCGAAGAACUCUGGUGCUACUUGGAGCGCACGGUGUCGGUAGACGUCAUAUCAAAAAUACCCUCAUAGCUAAGUACCCGGACAAAUACGCUUAUCCAAUACCACACACCACCAGACCGCCACGGCCGGACGAGGAAAACGGCCGCAGUUACUAUUUCAUAUCACACGACGAAAUGAUGGCGGACAUCGCGGCCAACGAGUACCUCGAGUAUGGCACCCACGAGGACGCCAUGUACGGUACCAAGCUGGAGACGAUCCGGCGGAUCCACGGCGACGGCAAGAUGGCGAUCCUGGAUGUCGAACCACAGGCCUUAAAAAUACUGCGCACAGCCGAAUUCACACCGUACGUUGUGUUCAUCGCUGCCCCGCUGCUGCAGAAUAUUGCUGAUUACGACGGCAGCCUGGAGCGCUUGGCCAAGGAGUCGGAUAUGCUGCGCCAGGCCUACGGGCAUUUCUUCGAUCUGACAAUCGUGAACAACGAUAUCGGCGAAACGAUAGCGACGCUGGAGAACGCAAUCGACAAGGUGCAUUCUACGGCCCAGUGGGUGCCGGUGUCCUGGUUGUACUGACAAGAUAGUGAGCUAGAAUGUCCGGCAUGCCUAGAGGAGGAGUGCGACUGCGAUUGUGACUGUGAGCUAGACCUUAAGUAAGUAAGUAAAAUGAUAGGCGUCGUGACCAACCAAAGCAAAAUAUAAGAAUAAACACAAAAAAAAAACAGAGCAAUAACAACUGCAGCAGCACCAGCGUCAACCAACAAAUUGGUACUUGAGAGCUCAGUAGAUAAGACACCACGACAACCCUAACCUGCAAAAGAAAGAAAUAAGAAACAAAAUCUCUCACACACACAAACACAAUCACACAGGAAACUACUUAUCUAACCGUUGUUUGAAGAAGACAAAAAAAGCAGCAUUAAUAUAAAGUCCAAGUCGAACCACAGUUUACGCACUGUUAUGAAAAAUGACAUUAUUGAAGUCGCAAAUAUGUUUGUAUGUUCAAGUGUUUCGAAGAAGAAAAAAAAAGACGAGUUAUUAUUUUAACCAAUUGCUAGUUUGGAUACGAUAAAUGGCUGAUUUUAUAUUGAACCACGUGUUAAAAGAAGUUUGAGAACAAAAACAAACAAUCAUCUAUUCCUAACUAUUCCCAUUGAAGAGUCAUCAUUUUAUCGAAUCACACCUCAUUUGUGUUUAUUGUCACUUUCGAUGAAGUAGAGAAAGUAAUAAAAAAAAACAAAUAAACAAAA